GAUAUAUUGAAAGGCUUCCUUAGCAGCUUGGAACUUGCUGGAAAACACUUCUUAACACGUUAGUGCCUUUAAGAAUUUAUUUUGAGGUAUUGACUGUCACCAUGUCAACAGUGAGUGAUAAUGUACUGUUCCAGUCAGAAACAACCAGGAAGUAUGAUAUCCCUCUGACUCAUCUAGAUUACCCAUACAUACAGAAAUGUACAGACACAAAAGAACUGGAGAGAAUACUAAAAAUCCUUAGAUCAGGUGAUGAAGGAUUUUAUCCAGAUUUAGAGUCAUUUUGUGAAGAAAGGAUUGAGAAACUAAAUCCCAAAAGUCGUGUAUUGAGAAAAGAAGUUCCACUUGGCAGACCUGGAGAUCUUGCAAAAGAUGAAUGGCAGAAAAUAGAUACUGAUUUGAAGACUUGGGAGCUGGAUAUGAAGACUACAGAAUCUUCAAAGAAAAGAUACAUAGAUAGUUUUGAUGAUCCAGAGUUACCUCCCAUCAGAUCAGGAUUUAUUAAUGGCAUGAGUAAUCAGAAUAAUGAGGCAGACACAGGAAAGAAAAGUAAGCGAGUAACACCAAGAGAUUACAAGGAAUGGGAUAAAUUUGAUAUUGAUAAAGAAUUAGAUGAUGUAGAUAAGAAAGAAGAAAAGAAAUCUACCAAAAUAUCAACAGUCCCCAGAAUAGAAACUAACAUAAAUACUGCAGGAAUGACAGAUGAGGAAAAGAUUAUGAGAGCAGGAAAGGAAAAGGAUAAGGGAAACGAAGCAUUCAGAGCAGGAGACUAUGAAGAAUCAAUAGCAUACUACACUCGUAGUAUAAAACUGCAUUCAACAGCUGCCUCAUACAAUAACAGGGCUAUAGCAUAUUUAAAAAUAUCUCAGUGGACAAAUGCAGCAGAGGACUGUAAUCGUGUUCUAGAUUUAGAACCAGAUAACAUCAAAGCUCUUUUAAGAAGAGGAACAGCCUACAAAGGAAUUAAAGAGUUUAGUAAAUCUUUACAAGAUUACAAGCAAGUUUUACAAUUAGAACCUGAGAAUAAAAGAGCCCAGGAUCUUAUUGAAGAGUUAGCUGCUGAAGAAAGGAAACAUGAGGAAGAAAAGAGGAAAAGAAAGGAGAAGGGAAGAAGAAUGGUGAUAGAAGAAGUUGAUGAAGAAUCUGAUGAUGAGAUUGUUGUUGAUAAGACACCAAAAGAGGGCCAAAAAAUAGUCAAUGGUUGUUCAGAUGAUGGUCAAAAGUCAAAAAUACCGGAAAUUAUAAAAGAAAAGUCAGACAAUAAGAAACCAGUGGAAAGUAAAAAUAGCAUUAAAAGUGAAAGUAAGCAAGAUGUUUACAAGCAUGGUAAGGUUGAUGAAAAUGGACACAACAAACUCAAAGAAAGUACAUUUGUUAAAAAUACUGAUAAAAAUAUUUGGAAAGAAGAAGAUAUUGUAGAAACUUCAGCUGUGUCUGAAACAAAUAAAAUACAAAAUGAAAGUGGACUUCCUAAAAAUACCAGACAAGGAAGUAAUAGUCAAAGUGAAAAUAAACUGGAUUUUCCCCUAACAAGAGAACAGAACACAGAACGCUCAGCUGAUAGCAGUGAAAGUAAAUCAGAAAUGGGAGAGACUAAGGAAAAGGAAAAAGAAUCCAGUGACAGUGGGAAAAAUAGGAAUUCAGAAACUGUUAAAACAGAAGAGACUGUAACUAAUGGACAUGUAGUUACAGAAAGACCUAAAUUUGUACAAGGACCUUUAUCCCGAAGUGUGGCAGAACUGAGGGAGUCAGGAAAUAAUUUUUUCCGUACAGGUCAAUAUGGGGAUGCUAUUCUUAAAUACAAUGUGGCCAUUCAAAAAAUGGAAAAAGAGAAGACUGAUCAGAGAGUUAAUAUCUCUCUCAUAUACAGUAACAGAGCAGCUUGUUAUCUGAAGACAGGGGACUGCCCACAUGCUAUUAAAGAUUGUACAACAGCAUUAGAUCUGGUGCCACACUCAAUCAAACCUCUGCUUAGAAGAGCCAAUGCAUAUGAAGUGUUGGAAAGGUAUCGACCAGCUUAUGCAGAUUAUAAACAUGUUUUAAGUAUAGACUCGUCGGUGGACAUGGCACUUCAGGGAUCUGCCAGGUGUUCAAAACAUUUGAUAGAAGUUGAUGGUUCAAAAUGGAGAGAAAAAUUACCCAGGGUUUCUUCUGUUCAAUCAUGGGAAAUUCCAGAAAUAGUAGACAGUUCAGUACCAAUCACUGCACCAUCUCAACGUAUCAACACAUCUGUCACAUCAUCAGCAUCUAGUCAGCCAAUCAACAACAGUGUUCCAUCUUCAUCACAAAGUGUUAAAACAGCAGAAAAGGUGAAAGAUAAAUCACCAGAAGAGAAAUUUGAUGAACUAAAGACAGAGGGUAAUUCAUUUGUCCAAAAGGGUGAAUACCAGAAAGCAGUGUCAUGUUACACAAAAUGUAUUGAGAUUUUACCAGAAAAGGUUGUCAGUUUCACAAACAGAUCUCUGUGUUAUCUAAAACUUCAAAAGCCUACAGAAGCAGAAACAGAUUGUUCAACAGCAUUGUCACUUGAUAAAGAUAAUGUGAAAGCUUUGUUUAGGAGAGCUCAGGCUAGAAAGAUGUUGGAGAAACACAAAGCGAGUUUAGAAGAUUUAAAUCAGCUGUUGAAAGUAGAUCCUAAAAAUACAGCAGCUAAAAAAGAAAUGGAUUUAGUGAAGGCUUUAUGGAGAGAGGAAUUUAAUUCCUUAAAGAAACAGAUGGGGAAACCUGCUGAAAACAAGCCAAGGAAGAGGAUAGUUAUUGAAGAAACAGACUCAGAUUCUGAGGAGGAAGGUUCAAAAGACCAGCCUAAAGUAUCCAAAUCACCUAGUACAUCAACAAAGGUAGACACAAAGAUCGAUAAACAGUCAGCUAAAAAGGGGUCUUCUUCAAAGCAGGAACAAAAAAGGACACUUGAAACAAAGUCAAAAGAAACAAAAACAGAUUCAGAAAAAUUCAAAGAGAAACAAAAGGAAAAGAAAUCAACACAGCCUUCUAGUGGGAUAAAGUCAUCUACAAUCAAGCCAACAAGUUUUGGAUUGCCACAGUCUAUUCCUAAGCUAGAGAAAGCCACACCAUAUGAAUUUAUAACAACCUGGAAUUCAUUAAAACAGUCAACAGAUUUACAGCCAUAUGCUGAUCUUCUGAGACAGAUUCCACCAAAAGACCUCCCUAAAGUGAUAAGCAAUAAAUUAGAUGGAGGGAUGCUGAGCAAAAUAGCAAAAUGUGUGGCUGAAAAGUUUACUGGUGAAGAUGAUCUGUCAACAAGUUAUCAGAUUUUGAUGAACGUGAGCAAGGUGCCCAGAUUUGAUACAAUUGCCAUGUUCAUGUCUAAAGAAGAAAAGAAAGAUAUAGAGACAGUAUUGAAGAAAGUAGAAUCUUCAGGAGAUAUGGCCAGGAAAGAAGACAUCAGUCAACUCAGGGAAAAAUUUUCUUUAUGAAAAUUCUUGUAGUGUUUUAUAUAUGUAAUGCCAAAUCUGAUUAUUUAUCUGGAGAUUUUGAAUAGAUUAAGAAUCAGUAUAAACUUUCCUGCAUUGAUGUUUAUCUUGGUACAAGUUAUGGCACCUCUAUGAUUAAAAAACAGAUAAUUCAUGAACUUAAAGUGUAUUAAAUAUUGACAAUUAAAUCAGAUAUGGUACUGGCAAUAUGUAAGACAAGCGAGACCCUGUGAAUUCAUUUAUUUCAAUAGAAUUUAUAUAAUUCUUUAAAAUGUUAUAUGUCAUGAUAUUUUUACAUGAAAUAUUCAAUGUCAUUGUGUGUAAUGGAAUUAUCCUAGACAAGGUGCACUAAUUUGCUUAGCAUAAUAUUGAAAUUAUUUUCACAGAAACAAAUCUGAAAAAUCAUCAUUAAAAAUGGUUGUGUGAAUAUCUUAAUUUAAUUUAUGUUGUUGACUCUUCAUAUCAGUGAUAAGAUAAAUUUGUUUGUCAAAACUUUCAUUUCAUAAAUUUAUUGGACAAAGCGUUUAUAACAGUGAGCAGUAUUGUUAUAAAUUCAUUGAUAUCAAAUUUAGUGCAUACAACUUGAUUUCAAACAACUGUGUUGUUUACUGUAAUCUGUGAUAUGGGUUAAUACAAAUCAUCUUUAGUGCUAAAUUUAAAGCCAGAGUGUGAACUGUACAUAUUCCUAUAUCUAACAGUUGUAACCAUCUUACUAGGCAUGCAUCAGUAUAUACUUUAAAAACGAUUUCUUAUUUUUGUGCUAACUGAUGUAAAGUUAUCUGACAUCAAAUUUAUAAUAAAUACUUAAAGUUUGAAAUUAUCUUUUAAAGAUGUUGUGGAUUAUUUAUGAAUCAAUUUUAAAAAAUGGGUUAUACAUUGUAUUUUUUCAACUCGACAAGAUAUAAGAGAAUGAAACUCUAUAAUUUGGACAAAAGCAACAUAAUUUAUAGUGUUAAAUGUGUUACUAGUAAAAUAAGUUUAAUCUCUAGAUGUCUGAUGUGGGUUUUGUUUUUUUUUGUUUUUGUUGUUGUUUGGUUGAUAUCUCAAAUGUCCCCAAUGUCCUUUUACUCUAAUUGAGCUUUUUUUUAAUCUAAAGUUGUGUUUUUAAAGAGCUUAAAAAUCAGAAAUAUCAAAAGCUUUUUUUCUGCUUUUAAAGUUUCUUUUUUUUCGUAACCCUUCAACGUUAAUAUAUGGCUUAACAGUUUAAGGAAAGAUCUGGCCGAUUCAAAUGUUGCGGCCUUCUAAAAAGACCGUUUGUUACACUUUUUUAUUUAUUAUUCAGCAUUAACAUUUUGUCAAAAGGUAGUUGAUGCCUGCUAUUAAAGGUAAUUUAAUGAUGCUGUUAUUUGUUUUCUGUAAGUUAUUGCUGACCUCCUAGUACUUUUGACAAUUUGGUGCCCCAAAGAAAAGUUGCUACAAUGAAAUCAUACAACCACAUCUCCUUACCUUUAUAAGAAAAGUAGAGUAACCCAUCUCUCAGUCACUUGUUCACAGAAUCAAGUAGUUUUCAUAGAUUUUUUAUUUAAAAUUUUGUUUUUUCAGUUGUGCAAUUUACCAUAACGUAAAGUAUUAAACUCCAUCCACUGACUUUCAAAAAUGUGAUCUUGUUGAAUAUUGUUAUUUGAUGCAAAGACAAUAAAUCACUGUUUUACAAUGUU